AAGUCACACCGUUUCAUCCUGUUUGCUUGAGAAAAACUCUUUCGCUUCGUCUCCUCAGGUGCACCAGAGCUGCGCAAAAUGCAAGCCACCGGGCAUUCAAUAAGAAGAACCCGGUACACUUGUGACGCAUAUUAAUUUCUGGCGCAGAAUCAUAUAGAAAGCGACUUGAAUUUAUAUCCACGACUCAGUGAGGACAAAUAACUAGCCUGUGUUUGUGUGUGAGUGCUCGCGCAGUUUCACUGCCGACGAAUUCCAUUACCGCACAGACUCGCCUUUCAGCGCUUAUUGGGGUGUCUCUAAGGACAUGAGGUGGUUUAGCAGCACAGUCAUGCCAACGCUGAGCCCGUGAUUGAGUAGCAGUGCUCCAGGCCCCGUCUGAGCCUCCAGCACCCCACCAGACAGCUGCAGCAUGUCUAGUUCAGGCUUUCCCCCCAGCCAGGGGCCCUUCAGUAGCGAGCAGAGCCGUUACCCACCUCACUCAGUGCAGUACACUUUCAGCUCCACACGCCACCCGCCGGAGUUCCCGGUACCCGACUACCGUACCCCUCUGCAGGACCAGCAGCGCCGCAGGCCUUCACUACUAUCCGAAUUCCACCCUGGGACUGAGAGGCCAACGGAGCGCAGACAUGGUUAUGAGCAACAGUUUCAUGCCGUCCCAGCUCAGCAGGAGCAGGAGACUUUCGAGGCCAAGCGUCCCCGCAUUGAGAACGUAUCUGAAACACACUUUUCAAGAGCUCAGCUCACCGGCAUCGUACUGCCCCCUCCACAGACCAUACAGGACAGCAUCAGGACCACUGGAGAGGUCAAGAAGGAAACCCAGUUUAGUGUGAAGGUGGAGGCCUCGUCCCCAGGUGGAGUUCCACAGGUGGGUGAGGACACAUCGCCCUCCAAACUCUCCAAGGAGGAGUUGAUUCAGAGCAUGGACCGCGUUGACCGUGAGAUUGCCAAGGUCGAGCAGCAGAUUUUCAAACUGAAAAAGAAACAGCAACAACUGGAGGAGGAGGCAUCAAAGCCAGUAGAGCCAGAAAAGCCAGUGACGCCGCCCCCUGUGGAACACAAACAUCGCAGCAUCGUCCAGAUCAUUUAUGAUGAAAACCGGAAAAAGGCAGAAGAAGCCCAUAAGAUACUGGAAGGGUUGGGGCCUAAAGUGGAGCUGCCUCUGUACAACCAGCCCUCUGAUACUAAAGUCUACCAUGACAACAUUAAGACGAAUCAGAUGAUGAGAAAGAAACUGAUUCUGUUUUUCAAGAGGAGGAACCAUGCACGCAAACAGAGGGAACAGAAAAUUUGCCAGCGGUAUGAUGAGCUGAUGACGGAGUGGGAGAAAAAAGUUGAGCGAAUGGAAAACAACCCACGCCGUAAAGCCAAGGAAAGCCGCACACGUGAAUACUACGAGAGGCAGUUUCCUGAGAUCCGCAAACAGCGCGAGCAACAGGAACGCUUCCAGAGGGUGGGUCAGAGGGGGACAGGCCUGUCUGCCACCAUCGCAAGAAGUGAACACGAGAUAUCCGAGAUCAUUGACGGCCUCUCGGAGCAGGAGAACAAUGAGAAACAGAUGAGGCAGUUGUCUGUCAUUCCUCCCAUGAUGUACGAUUCCGAACAGCGGAGAGUGAAGUUUAUCAACAUGAACGGUCUGAUGGAUGACCCAAUGAAGGUCUACAAAUCCCGCCAGUUCAUGAAUGUCUGGACCGAACACGAGAAGGAGAUCUUCAAGGAGAAGUUUGUGCAGCAUCCAAAAAACUUCGGGCUCAUUGCUUCAUUUCUGGAGAGAAAGUGUGUGUCUGAUUGUGUGCUGUACUAUUAUUUGACUAAGAAGAGUCAGAACUAUAAAACUCUUGUCAGACGAAAUUUUGGGAAUCGACGACGAAGGAAUCAGCAGAUAACACGACCGUCACUGGAAGACAAGACAGACGACAAGAACGAAGAGGACAGAUCAGAGAAAUCAGAGAAGAAAGAGGACGAGGAGAAGAAGGAAGAGGAGGAGAAAGAUGAAAAAGAGGACUUUAAGGACAUCAGUAAAGAUAAAGAGAAGUGUGAGGGAGAGGAGGAAGAGGGUAAGGAGCAAAGCACGCCACGCGGCCGAAAGACCGCCAACAGCCAGGGACGUCGUAAGGGCCGCAUCACCACCCGCUCCAUGGCCAAUAAUGAAGCUGCAUCUGUGGUGGCAGAGGAACCACCUCCACCGCCACCUGAACCAGUUCUGCCGGAGCCCACACCCCCCUCUAAAACUGAGCCGGUGCAGAAACCAGCACGAGAGCCUGCAAAACUCUCUCCCACAGCCAGCACAGAGACACGAGGCGCAGUUGAAGCUGGAGAGACGUCUCGCUGGACGGAGGAGGAGAUGGAGAUCGCCAAAAAAGGGCUGGUUGAACAUGGUAGGAACUGGCCAGCCAUUGCUAAGAUGGUAGGCACUAAGAGUGAAGCUCAAUGUAAGAACUUUUACUUCAACAACAAGAGACGAUACAACCUAGACAAUCUACUACGCCAACACAAGGGUUCCCGGCGGCUCCGUGGAAAUCGAGACCCAUCACAGAGCGAUCCUGCGCCUGAUGACGAUGAGGAGAGUGACGGUCCCGAUUACAGUUCGGACACAGAGAGUGCGCCUUCUCCAACUCAAACUGAUCCCUCCAAAUUCGACGCGCCAACUCAUCCCAACUCGGCUCUGGACGGCGUGUCGGCCCAGGACGUCACGGCAACCAAAGGCCCAGUGGCAGAUGCCAAGGAGCCUCCAUACGGCGAGCUACGGGUGAAAGUAGAGAAGAGUCCGGAAGGAGGAGCUGGAGACGGGCUUCCUCAGGAUGAGCGCACACGCUCAGCAUAUGAAAUGCAGAUCCAUCCAAAAAGUGAGACACAGGAUGUGGAGAUGAACGCUCCGAGCAGCGAAAGAGCGCAGGUGCAAGUGAAGACUGAGCCGGAUGUCAAGGACAAGGAGGAGAAACAGCACUCCGAUAAUGACUCUAGCGCCACCUGCAGUGCGGAUGAGGAUGUGGAUGCUGAACCUGACCGACAAGGACUUUUCUCUCUGGAGAAGCCGUCAUUGCUUGGCGCUGCAGGCUCAGUGGUCGUGUCCUCAACCAAAUUCCUCAACAUGCUGCAGCUACAGAAGCGGGCCGCCACCAUCCCCCCUAUGGUUUCAGCUCCAUUCGGUCACAGCAGCGUUCCCGGAGGACCGUUGAGCGGCUUUGCUAUGUUCCAGCACCAAAUCAAAGCUGUACAUGAGUCCGUGCAGGAGGACAAACAGAGACUGGAUCAGAACGAGUCUGACCGCAGGCCGCGAGUCACCACCCACAACCCCAGUGUAGUGGACCGAGAAGGUAAGCCAUUCACUUACAUGCCAUUUGACCUGAAGCUGAUGGAGCAGGAAUCUCACGGUGGAGCGGGCAGACCGGGUUCUCCGUACAGACUCUCUCCUAGCAAAGCCUCACCCCAGCCCGACGGCAGUAACGCCACCCGCUACAGUGUACCUCCAGUUCUUCAACCGGCACCAAACCAGGCGGUUCAGAAUCUUUCAGAUGUUCGCAUGACGUUUUCCCGUCACAGGCCGCCCAACAUUCCGUCUCCUCCGCCCCUCAUUCCCACUUCCAAACCCACCGACAAGCCCUCCUUCAUUCAGGGAGGCUCCAUUUCACAGGGAACGCCAGGAACGUACCUUCCUUCUCAAAUGCAUGCUGUGUACGUACCGGAGGUAGUUAAGACCACAGGGGGGUCGAUCUCGCUCGGUUUACCAAGACAGCAGGACCCUGCCAAACCUGUGUCAUAUAUUAAGCAGGAGGAGUGUUCUCCACGUGGACAGAGCGCUCAGGCAGAGGGUCUCUUAUCCAGAGCUCAGUAUGAGGGAGUUGUCAGAGGACCCAUGCAGAUUCCAGACAUGAGAGGGCCACCUGGAAAAGGCCCAGAGGGCUUGAAUUUCAGAGGAGGCUCCAUUACGCAGGGCACUCCUGCCCUGACUCAGUCCAAUGUAGCAGCGGAUCUGUUGAAAGGCACUAUUGCUAAACUGGCCACAGAGGACCUGAGUGGCCCAGAGAAGAGCCGAGCUAAUGCUCAUUCUAAACCUCAUGUUAUCUACGAAGGCAAAAGCGGACACAUCCUCUCUUUUGAUGCCAUUAAGAACCCUAGAGAGGGCACAAGAAGCCCACGAAUGGGGCACGAUCUCAAGCGCUCAUAUGACAUCAUGGAGGGGUCCCGUGCACACCCAACACGUGAGACAGCACCUUAUGAAGGUUUGAUCAGCAGAGCAUUGCCAAGAGAAAGUCCUCACGAGCCUAAGGAUCGAGCCAUACUCACAGGAUCCAUCAUGCAAGGAACACCAAGAGCCUCUGCUGAAGUCUAUGAUGAGGCCUCCAAGUACGGUAAACAGAUCAAGAGGGAAAGUCCACCCAUACGCUCUUUUGAGGGAGGCAUCACAAAGGGUAAACCGUAUGAGGGGGUGAACACCAUAAAGGAGAUGGGCCGCUCAAUUCACGAGAUUCCCCGUAAUGAGACUCAAGACAGUCGUAAAACUCCUGUUCUGGAAGGAUCCAUUACUCAGGGUAUUCCUCUGAAGUACGAGAGCAGUACUGUGAACCCGUCAGCCAUCAAGCACAAUGUUAAAUCUCUGAUCACAAGCCCAGUGAAGAUCUCACACUCUGUCAUUGAGGCAGCUGAGCGCGAGAGGGCCAAGUACGAGGAUGCGAAGACGUCCGAACGCGUCCGGCACACCUCUGUAGUGAACUCCACAUCUGUCCUUCGCUCCACACACACAGAAGCGGGAAAAUCUCAGCUUAGUCCAGGCAUGUAUGAGGACAGCAAUGCACGCAGAACCCCUACAUACACCGGCACCUCCAUAUCCAGAGGUUCACCUCUGCUGCGAGGGCAAGACGGAAGUAUAACAACAGGUAAACCAGCUUCUCAUGAGAGGAAUAACACACUGACUCCCACCCAGAGGGACAGUGUGCCUGCCAAGUCACCUGUGUCCGGGGGUGAACCUCUUGCUUCUCACAGCCCGUUUGACCCCCACCAUAGACCUGUGGCACCUGGAGAGAUGUACCGGACUCACCUACCACCACACUUGGACCCCAGCCUCGCUUUUCACCACAGAGUCCUCGACCCAGCGUACAUGUUCCCACGGCAACCGUCGCCGACCGGUUACCCCAACACAUACCAGCUGUACACCAUGGAAAACACUCGGCAGACCAUUCUGAACGAUUACAUCACCUCGCAGCAGAUGCGCCCUGAUAUCACGAGGGGACUGUCACCACGGGAACCGUCCAUUGCCAUCCCAUACCCACCAGCUAGAGGAAUAAUUGAUCUAGCCCAGAUGCCACCUACCAUCCUGUUACCUCACCCUGGGGGGACAGUUUCCCCCUCCCUGGAACGCAUCACCUACAUCCCUGGACCUCAGACCCCUUUCCCUCCUAGGGCAUUCAACCCUGCCUCCAUAUCUCCAGGACAUCCUGCCCAUCACAGUGCCACUGCAGCUAUUGUGGAGAGGGAGAGAGAGAGUCAGAGAGAGAAGGAACGCGAGAGGGAAAGAGAGCGGGAGCGAGAAAGAGAUCAGAGAGAACGGGAACGCGCAGCGGUAGAAUAUAUGCGUGGAGUUUCUGAGCAACCUGGCCGACCAGGCAGCCGUAGUUUUCUGCGUUCCACUUCCCCCUCUGUGAGAUCACAGGAGACAUCUUCGUUUGUGUUCCAAAGAUGCACAAAAUUCUUACGUGUUUUGAACAACAUGAAUGUGAGUAAUUGAUGACAGCAAAUGCCCUCACAAGCAGCUGCAGCUCAAGCCAGCCGAUACAGCAAUGCAGCUGAUGCCCUCGCCGCCCUGGUGGACGCUGCUGCCUCUGCCCCGCAGAUGGAUGUUGCAAAAGUCAAGGAGGGCAAGCAUAAUAACAGUAGCUGCCGGGAUGAUGACAUGAUGACAUCACGACGGGCAGCACAGGAGUCGCAAGAGGUGGAGCGCCGUUCCGUGCAGUCACCAUAUGGGGACGUGUCACUUCCUAGUGGGAAACCUUCCCAUCCUGUGUAUGCAGAGGGUGGAGGAGCUGCAGGGAGCAAAGAGAAAGCCCCACCCACCAAGUCACGCAUGGAGGAGGAGCUACGCACACAUGGGAAGACCACCAUAACUGCUGCAAACUUUAUUGAUGUCAUCAUCACGCGCCAGAUUGCCCCAGAUAAGGACCCCCGUGAGAGAGGCUCACAGAGCUCUGACUCCUCCAGCAGCAUGUCAUCCAGUCGUUAUGAUGCUCAGGGUGGAAUCGAGGUGAUCAGCCCAGCUAACUCUCCAGCCCUAAGAGAAGAGAAGAACGAAGGACCUUUCCCAUCAGAAAAGAGCUCAGGAUUAAGGUUUGACAUUAACCGGUUCAGGCAGUCAGGAGAUUCAGGACCUUCUGCACCUCAACAGCCCCCCUCCUUGCACGCAGACAGUUAUGGGCCCGUCCCGAAAUCACACCGCAUCAUGACCCUUGCUGACCACAUUUCGCAUAUCAUUACGCAAGACUUUGCCAAGAGCCAAGAUCCUCCCCCAUCAUCCAGCUUGCUGCCUUCCUCUUCAUCCUCCUCCUCGCUCUCCUCCACUUUCCAGAGCUCUGGUGUGGGAGGUGUUGUAGGUCGAGUUAAACCCCAUAACUGCUAUAGCCCAGAAAACCCAGCUCCUACUGCACACCACCAGAGACCACCAAGCAGAGUAUCUCCCGAGAACUCCGAUAAACCAAGAGCCAGGCCAGGUAGGUCUCCUGAUCGAGGAAGAGGACCAGAGAACUAUGAGCCCAUCUCUCCUCCUCAGGGUUAUUCUGGGUUGGAUAAACAGGAAGCCACUGUAAUGCAGAGUCAGAGACGAGAGCAGGAUCUCCCUGAACAGAGGACUGACUCGCGGUCACCAGGCAGCAGCAGUUACCUCCCCUCAUUCUUCACCAAACUGGAAAGCACGUCUCCUAUGGUUAUGUCCAAAAAGCAGGAGAUCUUCCGGAAAGCAGAAGUCGGUAAUGCUCAGCCAGGCACAGAGAUCUUCAAUCUCCCAGCAGUAACAACAUCAAGCAGUGUAAACCCUAGAAACCACUCGUUUAGUGAUCCAGCCAGUAAUCUGGGUCUGGAGGACAUCAUCAGGAAGGCUCUGAUGGGGAACAUGGAGGAGAAGCAGGAGGAGCCACAGCAGCAGCAAGCCCAGCUGGGUACAGGAAACAGCUCAGGCAGCAUGAGCAGUAUUUCAGACGGUCGACAGGAGGCCAGCCCAUCCCCUAACACAGCAGGAAAGCAGAAGCUUCAAAGCAAAGCUAGCAGCAGGAAAUCAAAGUCUCCUAACCCAGGCCAGGCGUACUCUGCUGGAGAGCGGCCCUCUUCUGUGUCCUCGGUUCAUUCGGAGGGCGAUUACCACAGACAGGCUCCCACCUGGGCUUGGGAGGACCGGCCGUCGUCCACAGGUUCCAUGCAGUUCCCCUAUAACCCCUUGACGAUGCGCAUGCUAAGUAGUACCCCUCCCACCUCCAUGGCCUGCCCAUCUCCCUCCAUGCAGUCCCAGCAGCAGCAGCCACAGGGUGGCGCCUCUGGCCCCGUGGCCUCAACGCGCGCAUGGGAGAGAGAGCCACCGCUACUGUCAGAGCAGUACGAGACCCUCUCGGACAGCGACGACUGAGGCAGGUGAUCGCCUCCCUCUCCUACACAAGCGUCCAUGCCCCACUCCUGUUCACCAUCGCCCUCCUUUCGCUGUGUUUAUGAAUCCCACUCGCUGCCAUUUGAGAGUGAGAUUCUGCUGGGAAGGAGGACGUACAUUUGGUGCUACUUUGGUGCCCAUUGGUGGUCAGAGAGAGCAUUGCAGAGAGACACUGAUUAAAUCCGAUGCUUAGAUUUUUUUUUUUUUUUUUGGCCCAUUUGGGGACGAGAACUAGACAAAUCCCAAGUGAAUAGAGACGUGAACGUCAAAAGGAUGAAGAACUUGUAAAGAGACUUGUUUGCUGAAAAUUUGUUUCUGUAAAGAUUUUUUUCUUUAAAAAAGAAAAAAUCAAUGUCUGUAAAUAGAGUAACCUUUUGCAGCGUUUUUCCUUUAACUCGUUUUUUUUUCUUUCUGCAUUUUAACAUUGCUUUUUAAAUUUAUCGCAGUUGGAUGAAUCGGUGGGUGCAACAAGACACUGUGGAGAUUAUUGUGGUCAGUCGGGUGAAGAGCAUUGAGCUUCCAGCAUCUGAAAGUAAUGGUCUAAUCGAAACUACUCCAAAUAAAACGCAAAAAGGACUUCAUUAACUUUGUCCCUCCAGAUGCGGAGCCUGUCUGUGCAGCACUGUUGAGAUGUUCUCUGUCCUGUUACUUUAGGGAGGAAGUCACAAUCAUUCGUCAGCUGUAUUAGGAGGACAAGACAUCAGCCUUUUUUUUUGUGUAGGAGCUUGUCUGAUUCACUUCAGACAUGAGAUGAAUGUUUCUUCUGUUUUUCUCUCUCUUUUUCUUUUCAAAUUGGUUCUAGUCUUCAGUAGUGGCCUGUUGCAGAUCUGUUUAGAGCGUUUGGCCCUGCGGUUGAAUAUCUGACAGUUUGACGCGCGUCAUCUUUAUUUUGCGGUUGCUAACUGUUCUAACAGGGCUUAUCUUAGAAGUUGUACAAGGUCCGCCACCCCUGCCCAGUAACCUUUUUGCUUUUUGAAGAUUAAUUUGUUUCUAGGGAGAAUAUACUUGUAAAUCCUCUUUUACUAAUCAUAAAGGAGCACAUAUAACGUGUAUGUUCUAUCAACGUGUGAUUUUCUUAGACCACAAAACAAAAAUACAAAGAUAAAAAGAGGAAGUACCAAACGUGAUACAUCUCUGCACCAUUGUUGCACUUUUUUUCUUUAGUAAUUUUGAGAAUCUUCAAAUCAUACUACCUGUAAUCUAAGUUAUUCAGUGUCAUGAAGAGGUCUGGGACGCUUUCAGAUAUAUUCAUGUUUCAGUCUCUUACUCUAUCUGCAUUUUCAAUUCUUGGAAAUUUGAGCUAGUUUUUUUUUCUAAACUUGGAUUAAGCGUAUAAAAUCGGUACCAUUUAUCUUAGCUGCUGCCGAGUAGCAGCACUUGAUCAGAGAUCUGAAUAUCUCUGUCUGAAAGUGAAUAAGCUCAGUUUUAGUUACUUGCAGAAAUAGUUAAAUGUGAUGAAAGCUAAUGGAGGCAUCUCUUGAUCCUGCUUUUUUUCCCCACUUCAUGUGCUUCUGCUUUGUUUGAAUAACACCACCUUUAAUAUGAUGGUUUCGUUUUCUUCAGAAGUCUAAAAAAUGUUGAGCUCAUGUUUUGAUUUUUUUUUUCCCACAUUCUUUUUAUUUUAUUAUAUUUUUCAGCAUCCAUGUUAUAUUCAUCCCGUUUUAACGGGAUGUCAAGUGUUUACAAUGGCAUUGACAAAAAAUGGUGAAACUUGAAUCUUAAAGAAAAUUAAAAUUGCUCAUCACGUCAGUCUAUUUUACAGUCCAGCUUUGCAAGGGUGACUUUCAUUUUUUUCUGGUCUGUUCUGAAUCAAGACUUGAAAAAGUAACUUGUCCCGAUUUUGAAAAUCCAGUGUUUGUAUCACCGUCUCCUCAGUAGUGGAUAAGAAAUGUGCAGACCAAUCAAUAAAGUAGAACAGAGCUCCACCUCUCUGAAACAAACAGUGCUGUA